CGUCUCCUGUCCAGAGCAAAGACGAGGAAGAAGAUGGAGCGGCGGCGGCAACGGCAAGACCGCAGAGUGUCAAAGAAGAACCAAAGGAAGAACAGAAAGAACCGACAGCCAGCUGUUCCCCCCGCCUCUGAGUCCAUCCGAGCAUCUCGCGUCAGUCUCCGGAGCAACUCGACCGCGGAUCCCGACGAAGAGAGCAAGGAGGACAAACCCAAGCGUGGCUUCUUCGGGAAGCUCUUCGGAAGGAAGAAAGCGGAAGACGACGGCACGGCCAUGCGGGCCUCCCGGGUUAGUCUGCGAAGCAACAACAGUCCGAGGGAGGCCGGCGAUAGCAGCGGCAUGAACAAGAGCGUGGUCUCCGUGAAACAGGCCACGGAGACCGGAGCUUCCCCGCCGGAGAAGAGGGAGGUCGUGACGCCUCCCAAGGCGAAGAGUGUCACGCCCUCACCCCCGGAGGAACCCCCGAAGAAGGAACCGCAGCAGGCCGCGAGAUCAGACCAAGAAACCAACUCAAACAGGCCGGUCAUUAUCAUCAAUGCAAACGCCAAUGACGGGUCACUACAGCGGUCGAUCAUUCAGGCUCUCACCGGUAAACCUCCACCAGAAACCGAAGACCAAAAGCAGCAGCCGCAACAGCAACAACAGCAGGCUCCUACCGUUCCUCCAAACCUGGCAUACACUGGUCUCUCCCCGCAGAUGAUACCGUAUCCCACGUUCCAGCCACCGCCGUUCUACGGUCCGCCCAACCCGUAUUUCUAUCCACAAAUGCCGCCAGCGUACGGCGGUUACCCACCCUACAACAUGAUGUCCAUGCCGCCAGUGAAUAACCCGGUGUUUCCAUAUUCGCAGAAUGCAGGCUUUCAACAGCAGCCCACGGUACCGGUUCAACCUCAGCCACCCAUUCAGCAGCCAAUAAUCCAACCAACCAAUCAGAGCACAAAUUACGCUAACGUCCAGCCAAUGACAAGCCAGAACGUCCAACGUCAAGCAGUUCAACCGCAACAACCCGCCGGCCAAUCGUUGGGCAUAGUUGAAAAACUCGACGAAGCUCUCAGGGAGGAGAGACGACGCCCGAAAGCAGCCGAAGGUGAAUUUGAAGACUCGGAUUCAGACGACAACUUCUACAACACAGAGCAAAGGAAAAUAAGGAGGAGAAAACGACACGAAAAAGAGAAAAAGAGACUUGAGAGGGAGAGACAAUUACUGGAGGAAGAGGAAAGGCAGAGAGAAGAAGAAGCAAAACGGAAAGCCAAACCGAAAACGCCGGUUCCUCAAGUCGAUCUGACCGGUUUGUUGUCGUUGAUAGAGACCGGUGAAGAACCACCGGAGCCAGUCGAAAACGACCCAGCCGGCGGCAAGUCGCGACCGGAGAGCAGAACUAGUGCAGGAGGUGAUGAUCGACAAACAGACAACGAAGGAAACGGUGACGAUGACGAACUGAGCCGUUUGCUGGCUCAGCUCGGGAGCGAACCCGGUAACUCAACCGAAGACAGCCCUCGAAAGGAAAAGAGCGCCAAAACGCGAAAGAAAUCAGCCUCAAAACCAGAGCCGGAUAUGGACCGCGAAAGCACCCUCCUGGCCAUGCUGAGAGACGAACAAAAGCAGCAGAAGAACAGAUCAGCCGGUAAGGACCGUCGGAGAUCCAUCGCUGGCUUCGCCAGUCCCACUGGACAGGACCUUGAAAAACGGAAUUCUGUGCCGAACCUGGGCCUUCAGCCUAUGGCGAAGCCAGGCGAGCAAGUCACGCUGCCGGCUCUAGGACAACCAGUAGACGCGAACGGUAAUCCCUUGCCGACCAAUGCGGGCAAGAUGUCGGCAGAGAGGUUGCUUCACGAGGCUCAGAAAGCGCUGAUGUCGGUCCAGCAAUCACUGCACUGA